UAUAUACAGAAAUAAAUAAAUUCAGACAUUAAAAAUAUAUAUAUGUUUGUAGUUUAGUUAAUGAAGUUGAAGUGGAUCAUCAGCAAGAUGGAGACUACUUAAAGCAUGAAUAAUAAAAAGUCAGAAUAACAGCCCUGUUUUCAGCUGAUCCAAAAGGGUUUUUAAAGAGCUUAUUUAGCAACAAAUAAAGGAGCACUUCAUCCUUCAUCUUCAUUCUAACCGCUUCAUCCUCUUGAGGGUCGCGGGGGGGCUGGAGCCUAUCCCAGCUGACAUCGGGCGAGAGGCAGGGUACACCCUGGACAGGUCGCCAGACUAUCGCAGGACUGACACAUAGAGACAAACAACCAUUCACACUCACCUUCACACCUACGGACAAUUUAGAGUUACCAGUUAACCUGCAUGUCUUUGGACUGUGGGAGGAAGCUGGAGUGCCCAGAGAGAACCCACGCUGACACGGGGAGAACGUGCAAACUCCGCACAGAAGGGCUCCCACGCCCGGGAUCGAACCGGCAACCCUCUUGCUGUGAGGCGAGAAUGCUAACUACCACACCACCGUGCCGCCCCUUCAUCCUUCAAAUUAUCACAAAUAUUCAACAUGAGCAAUUCUGGAGAUACGUAGUUUUCACUGGACAGGAAUGGCAUGAAACACUGUUUUCGACAGUGGAGAAGUACAAGGAUGCAUGAAAAGAAAAUACUUAAGUGAAGUACAAGUAUCUCAGAUUUGUACUUAGAGCCCGGUCUCACUCCAAAGUUGUCAAAAUCCAGCGCUUGGGCAGUGACUUGCAGCAUCAGACACCAACGAAAAACAUUUAACGUCCGCAUGACACACGCCCUGUGGUGUAAGGGGGAAACGCGGCGGGACAAGGACGAAAGUUAAGGCGGCGAAAGUCCAACUUGAGUGGACGAGUGGGGUGGUGGAUGGGACCAACAAACACAGACUUUCACCCAGACAGAGAUGUGUUCACAUACCAUAAGAUUCGAAAGCCAAACCCUGUCAAGUUGUGUCAACAUAGUGUGCUUAUUUUGAAAGAGACUGCAUGUAAUCAUUAAAUUUCCUAUGAAAACGGAAGUGUAUUUUGAAAGAAGACAAUGCAUGUAACAGGCAGAACUUGACAUGGCGUCCCAGAAUGUCAAUAGCCAAUGCAAACCUUGCAUGUCGUAUGUGGACGUGGAAAGUCCAUGACCAAAUGUCAAUAUGUGACGAGGUCGGAGUGAGAAUGUGUUGGUACUUAAGUAUCGUACUUUAAUAAAUGUACUCAGUUAUAUACCACCACUGCUGUCCACACACUGUGUAUUACAGCAUCACAAACCAGCUAAAGUCGUCACAUACCGCCGCUUUGUCAGUGAUUUCUGUGUCAGACACCAACCACCAAAAACCACUUUUCACAGCAGUACGAUACGCUGCUGGGCAGAACCUUUGAGGUGUUAUGAUACGCCACCAGUUGGCUGGAGGGCACCUGUCACAGUGGAGGGGUUCAACCAACGCCAGACUUUCCAGGUGUUCACUUCUCAUAUGAAUGCAGAGUCAAACUAUUAUGUUUUUUUCCCAGUCUAACCAUGUGCUUUUGUAGACGUCUCUGCGUUGGUUGCAGUGUCCCCGAACAUCAACAGCAGACGCAGGAGGACACCUAGCGUAUAAUAUGUAGACAUGAAAGUCCACUGACAAAGCGACAAAGCGGCGAUAUGUUACGACUUGGGAUAAGUCAGGAUUAAACCUCAAAGACGCCAUUUGUUAGUAUCUCUGUAAACUUCCUGCACACUGCAGCCAUAUCACCCUGUCCUCACUGUUCUUACACAUUUCAAUAGUCUCUGCUAUGCGAUCAUAUUCCUAUCUUCAUCUAAUCAAUACUCUAAUGCACUUCUUUGUGAGCUGCUGUGCAUGGUUGGAUCUGAAAUUCAGCAUGUCACACAGACAGCACGAGUCAACAUAGGUUUAUCCUUUGGACUGUUUAGCAGGGGGUGGUGCCAGAGCACAGAGUUGGUGGACUAUACUGCACUCAUUAUAUCAGUAAAGACAGACAUGGAGCUUGGAUCAGCGGUAAGUACAGUGAGGAGUAAGAGGGUACUGCUUGGUGAUGAGAUCCGUCCUGCUGUCAUCGUAAUUAAGGAUGGAAAGAUCCAUGAGAUACUCCCAGACAGAGACUUUUCUGGAGCUGCUGCCUGUGAGGUGCUGGAUGUGGGCAACAGUGUGGUGAUGCCAGGCGUUGUAGACUGCCAUGUUCAUGUGAAUGAACCAGGCCGCACCUCCUGGGAGGGUUUCUGGACCGCCACCAGGGCUGCUGCGGCAGGAGGGGUGACAACAAUCGUGGACAUGCCGCUAAAUAGCAUCCCUCCAACUACCACUCUUGGAAAUUUUCACGAGAAGCUGCAGGAGGCGACGGGGAAGUGUUUUGUGGACACGGCCUUCUGGGGAGGUGUGAUUCCUGGCAAUCAGCUGGAGCUUCGGCCCAUGAUCCAGGCAGGAGUGGCUGGCUUCAAGUGUUUCCUUAUCCACAGUGGUGUGGAGGAAUUCCCACAUGUGACGGACGUUGAUCUACACGCAGCCAUGAAGCAGCUGCAAGGCACAGGAAGUGUCCUGCUGUUUCAUGCAGAGAGGGAUGUUCAGCCGACAACAGAAGAGAAUGGAGACCCUUGCCAGUACUCCACCUUCCUGCAGUCCAGACCAGACGUCAUGGAGAUAGAGGCAAUUCGCACCGUCACACAACUCUGCCUCCAGUACCAGGUGCGGUGCCACAUAGUUCACUUAUCCUCUGCAAAGCCACUGCAACUGAUCCAGGAAGCACGGAAGGCCGGAGCGCCCUUGACAGUGGAGACCACCCACCACUACCUCAGCCUGUGUGCAGAAAACAUACCUGCAGGGGCCACACAAUUCAAGUGCUGCCCCCCCAUCAGAGGAGCUGCUAACCAGGAGCAGUUAUGGUCCGCUCUGAAAGCUGGGCAGAUUGACAUGGUGGUGUCCGAUCAUUCCCCCUGCACCCCUGAUCUGAAGAAACUGCAGAAUGGAGACUUCACUGAGGCUUGGGGAGGAAUUUCAUCUCUACAGUUUGGUUUGCCUCUGUUUUGGAGUUCAGCCAGUAAGCGAGGCUUUCAGCUGUGUGAUGUAGUGAGACUCCUCAGCCAGAAAACAGCCCAGCUGAGUCGGCUGGACAACCAGAAGGGCAGCCUCGCCCCCGGCUAUGAUGCUGACCUGGUGAUAUGGGACCCAGAGAGAGAAUUUAAAAUUAAAGAAGCAAGCAUACAUCAUAAAAACAAGCUAACACCUUACCUCAGCGUCACACUGAAAGGAGUGGUGUGUGCCACCAUCGUCAGGGGGCAGCUGGUGUUCAGAGAAGGCUCCUUCUGCCCCAAGCCUCUAGGGAAGCAUCUCCUCAUCUCCUCAGCUGGGAAGCACAACGACAACAAGCUGUGAUAAACUUACCUGAGUUAUUGUGUCAUGUGAAUCUGUAACAGUGCACUAUGGUGUUUUCAUCAAUUCUCUCGCACUGAAUGCUUUUUAUUAGAUUUCAUGAUCUUAACAUUUUUCACGGUUUGCUUAAAAUAUCCUCGAUAUCAGAAGUACCUCCAGAAAACAAUAUAACCUCCUGAGAUAAAUAUUCUGUGAAGAUAAUUAAUAAAAUGCAUUAUAAGCUGAUUGCAUCUUCACAAUAUCUAAUCAGAACACCAUACGGACCAAAAAUAGGGACAGUAAGGAACGGUUCCAUUGGGAUCAUCCAUCAACUUUUCACAGCAGAAACAAUAAAAAAGCGUACUGUACUGAACCGGACUGCUUGGUGGAAAUAGGCUUUUGCUGCUUCCAGAGUUGUAAGCAUCAAUAAAUAUGAGUGACAGUUGGUGGUUCUCUUGGAUUAAUCUUUUACCUUUUUACAAAACAAUCACGCUGCUGUAAAUACCUAGAUUAUCAAAACUAUUACACUCCCAUUAUUUCACAGUCUUGCAUAUGGAGGUGAUACCAGAACAAGCCCAUUGUCUGAAUCCAUGAGCAUGGCUCCACUGCAGUCCACUUUACAAGCACUGUGACUGGCUUAUAGACAGGGGCAGGUUAGGAGACAAUGGGCCCCUCUGCAAAAAUAUGCAUCUCUUUGUAGUUGUAAUGUAACUUUUUCUUGGUUUAUAUCUCUGAGGUAACUUUGUGUCUUUUUGUGGUUGUUUUUGCCCAUGUUUCUACUAUUUUUGUCCCUGUGUGUCUCUCUGUUGUCAUUUUGAAUCUCUUCCUGGUCUGUACAUGUUAAUUUGAGUGCUAUUUUCCAGGUGAAGGUCAGGGGGCCCCUCUUACGGUUUGGGCCCCUGGGCCUGGUUAGUAAUCCAUCUAUGCUUAUGGACAUGCAAUCAAAUAAGUCUUUGUAUCUGGAGUCUGAUGACAGUCAUCAUAGAUCUAGACACCCUAGAAAAGUUAGUUUCAAAGUUUUGAUACCAUUACAAUACAAUAAUGUCAAAAAUUUGAUUUAAGGGCCAAAUAAAUAGAUGAUAAUUAAAUAGUGCUUUCUUUUUUGGGGCCUUUGAGACAC